UGACCUGAUAUAGAAAAGGUCAGAAUAUUAUCGGUGGCACCGAGAAUAGAUUUGUUCUGUGUUAAAUGUCAUGAAAAAUGUAUUGGCAAUGCUCGGGAAAAAGAGGAAACGGAAUGUAGGAAAUAUUAUAUGGUCCAAAAAUGUUAAAGACAACACAACGGCAUCUGGGAUCAGUCAACCCAGUGUAUACCAUGCCUUGGUUGUUAUAUUUCUGGAGUUCUUUGCCUGGGGACUAGUGACUAGUCCUAUUAUUAAUGUUUUAAAUGACACGUUUCCCAAACAUACAUUCCUGAUGAAUGGUCUUAUUCAAGGUGUUAAGGGUAUGCUGUCCUUUCUUAGUGCACCAUUAAUAGGAGCAUUAUCAGAUGUAUGGGGACGAAAACCAUUCUUGUUGUUAACGGUAACAUUUACCUGUGCACCAAUACCACUGAUGAGAAUUAGUCCUUGGUGGUAUUUUGCUAUGAUAUCUAUAUCUGGUAUAUUCUCAGUGACAUUUAGUGUAGUAUUUGCCUAUGUAGCUGAUGUAACAACAGAAGAAGAAAGAAGUGCUGCCUAUGGAUUGGUAUCUGCUACAUUUGCUGCUAGUUUAGUUACAAGUCCUGCAAUAGGUGCCUAUUUACAGCAUGUUUAUAGUGAGAAUUUAGUCAUAUGGCUGGCAUCUGCUGUAGCUGUUUUAGAUAUAAUAUUUGUAAUGGUAGCGUGUCCUGAGUCUCUUCCUGAAAAGAUUCGACCAGCCAGUUGGGGAUCUCAGAUUUCUUGGGAUAAGGCAGAUCCUUUUGGAUCAUUAAAGAAAAUAGGUCAAGAUAAUCUUAUAUUGUUACUAUGUAUAGCUGUCUUUCUGUCAUAUUUACCUGAAGCUGGAGAAUAUUCCUGUUUCUUUGUUUAUCUUAGAUUGGUCAUGGGAUUUUCAGCAGAAGAAGUGGCAUCAUUUAUAGCAGUUGUAGGAGUUUUAUCUGUAUUGGCUCAGACCUUAAUCCUUGCUUUAUUAAUGAAAUAUCUUGGCCAUAAACAAGCUAUUAUAUUUGGUCUAGUAUUUGAGAUGAUACAGCUAACUUGUUAUGGCUUUGGAUCAGAGCCUUGGAUAAUGUGGACAGCUGGAACAGUAGCUGCUAUGUCUAGCUUGACUUAUCCAGCAAUUAGUGCUUUUGUUUCUGCCCAUGCUAGUGCCGACAAGCAAGGAGUUGCCCAGGGUGUGAUUACUGGAAUAAGAGGACUAUGUAAUGGUUUAGGUCCAGCAUUUUUUGGUUUUAUUUUCUACCUCUUCCAUGUAAAUUUAAGUGGAGAUCCUGAUAAAAUUAAGGAUCAUACACAUACAGCACAAACAUCAAACACAAGCCAUAUAGGAGGUGUCAUGAAAACUAGAAUGCAGAUGCUGGUUCCUGGUCCACCAUUUGCAUUUGGCGCUGUUCUAGUGAUUUUAGCACUUAUUGUAGCUGUUUUUAUUCCAGAAAAUCCACAUUCAUCUAUAGGUAUAAAAGCAGCUAGUAAGAAAGUUCUAUCUUUAUCCUCACAGAAAGAUACUGGCAAUAAAAAACAUGAAGAGGAACCAUUAAUGCUUGAUGAAGAAACCCCAGAGUUAUAGCAUCCUGCUUAUUGUUGAUAUUAUUAUCUUGUUGUUAAAUCAUAUUAUUAUUAUCAUUAUUAUACCACCCUGCCUGUGUACACACUAUUUAUAAAAAUACAUGGUCUUAGUGUUGUUCAACUACUUCAUACAUAGUGAGGAGCAAUGGUCAAAAAUAUCUGCUGUAUGUAAUGAGAAAAUAUUUAUAUAAGCGAUAUGGUUAAUUCAGUACACAUUUUUUGUAUAAUACAUUAAAGGUUUUAAAAGACAAUGUAUUUUCUUAAUGAUAUCAAAUUGUUGAACAAAACUAAAAUAAUGUAAUGGCAUCUUUAUUGUAUUCCCUAAUUCAGUUGUCAUUGAAAGGAAAGAAAGAAAUAUAUGAAGGAAUAUUGAAUUUUUUUCUGACAAUGUGUGCAAUUUAGCAUAUAUACUCCAUACUAAACUUUCAAAAAAGUGUUUCAAUAAAGAAUGCUUACUGUCUGUGAUUGCAGAUUGUCGUUCAUUAUGAUUGUCUCUGCAUGCUAUGUACCUUAUAUUUCAAUCAAUAUUUAUGUAGCAUUAUAAAUAUGAGUUUUGUUUAUGAUGUCAUUUGUAUAGCCAGUUGCCUUCUAAUCUUAUUAAAUAACUUCUUGUUGUAAAUUAAUUUUUAUUGUAAGAGUUUUUUUUUAUUGAUUUAUAUCUAAGAAUUGUUUUAUACACCCACAUUUAAAUUUGGUCAUCAGCCCAGUCUGUCCAUUAUGGUUCGAUUCUUACAUAGUGUAUAAGUUCAUGAGACAAAGAAGCCUUUGGAUUAUUCCUGCCAAAAUUAUGGCCUUUGAUCUCUUUGAAAAAUCUAGAGACCAAAUAUAUCAUCGGAUUGAGUAUAUAUAUGUAAAUGCUUUCAUUAAUGACAAAAGAAAAAAUAUGUGACAACCCUUGUGGAGUGCUCGGAUGACUUAACUGCUGUGGACGUAUGUUUUGUUACCUGGCAACCCAUCUUUCAUUAUAAUUGCAUACAAAAAAUAUAUGAAUUGAACAUUAAAUCUUAGAUUAGUUUGUUGGGGCAAUUAAUGAACAACCGCAGAUCACAUUUUGGCCGAUAUACAAGCAGUAGUGUUGUACUUACAUGAUAGACAUGUUAAAAGGAAAAUACUGUUCAAGAAAUGUGUUGUACAUAUAGUGAUUUAUGGUGAGGUGCCUCUAUAACGGCAGACAAUAUUCUUGCUCAAAUGACCUUUAUAAAAUAGUAAAUAUAUUGAGAAAGAUACAUUUUAUUGCCAAAUGAUUUUUUUGUUGUUUUUUUGUGUAAACUGUUAUUAAAUUUAUGUGAUUAUGUAAGCCUUAAUCCUUUAAACUUUUGUUAUCUUCGUUGUCUAUGAAAAUUGGAUCUAAAUUUUGUAUAUUUGGUAUUUCAUAUUUUGAAUUUAAUAAUCAGCAAAUACUGUUUUAAUAAAAAAAAGAUUAUCGGGUGGGUGAAGAUAUGGUUAAUAUAAAUAUUAGGUGAAACUCGGUUUAAUAUAAAUAUUAGGUGAAACUUUGAUUAAGUAAAGCUUGGUUUCUUCCAAGAUUUUUACCCAAUAAGUAGAAAAUGAUAACGCUUAACAGUUAUGUCAUGUAUAGUGAAUAGUGAAAUAAAUUCUUAACAGUGUAUAAGAAAGUUAAUAAUUGUUCAAGCAUAAACUGGUUUGUUCUUCUUUUUUUUAAUUAAUUGUCCCCCGCCUUUCGAAGAAAGCAGGGGACUAUUAAAAUGGGUUCGUCCGUCUGUCUGUCUGUCUGUCUGUCUGUCUGUCCGUCUGUCUGUCCGUCACACUUUUUGGGACACAAUAACUCUCUUCCUAAUUGAGCUAGAAUGUUCAAACUUGGUGUAUGUGUUUAUUAGGUCAAUGCCUUGAUGGAGUUCAAAGAUGAGCAUUUUCCGCUUAGGGUAAGCAGAGAUAAGCAAUUUGAUUGGUUGAUGCUUUGGGACACGAUAACUCUCUUCCUAAUUGGGCUAGAAUGUUCAAACUUGGUGUAUGUGUUGAUUAGGUCAAUGCCUUGAUGGAGUUCGAAGAUGAGCAUUUUCCGCUUAGGGUAAGCAGAGAUAAGCAAUUUGAUUGGUUGAUGCUUUGGGACACGAUAACUUUUAAUUGAGCUAGAAUGUUCAAACUUGGUGUAUGUGUUUAUUAGGUCAAUGCCUUGAUGGAGUUCGAAGAUGAGCAUUUUCCGCUUAGGGUAAGCAGAGAUAAGCAAUUUGAUUGGUUGAUACUUUGGGGCACGAUAACUCUCUUCCUAAUUGAGCUAGAAUGUUCAAACUUGGUGUAUGUGUUGAUUAGGUCAAUGCCUUGAUAGAGUUUGAAGAUGAGCAUUUUCCGCUUAGGGUAAGCAGAGAUAAGCAAUUUGAUUGGUUGAUGCUUUGGGACACGAUAACUUUAGUUCUAAUUAAGUGAGAUUGAUGAAACUUGGUGUAUAGAUUUAUUAUAUGAAUACCUUAACUAAGUUCGAUAAUGAACAUUUUUUGCUGAGGGUAAGCAGAGUGAUAAGCAAUUUGAUUGGUAGAAACUUUGGAACACAAUAACUCUCCUUCUAAUUGAGGUAGAAUGUUCAAACUUGGCAUAGGUGUCUAUUAGGUGAAUGAUUAAACUUGAUGUAUAUGUAGAUGUUCAUUAGGUGAAUGUCUUGACUGAGUUCAAUAAUUAACAUUUCGAGCUGAAGCUAAGCAGAGCUAAUCGAUUUCAUUUGUCGAUGGUUUGGGACAAGAUAAUCUUGAUUCUAUCUGAUAGAGAGUGAUGAAACUUAGUGAAAAAAAUAAAUGUGCGAUUAAUUAAUAUGUGUCAUCUAUUUAUUUUGAAAUUUCGGCUGGGGACAUCAGCCUCACUGUUGGCUUGUUAGAUUUAAAAAAUUAAUGAUCAUCAUCAUUAAGCUAGGAGUUUCCAAUAUACGCAAAUUUUAAAAUUUAAAUAUCAUGCUAAGUAAGGGAGGGGGAGGUGCAGAAUUCAUAAAGUAGUGAUAUGUGGUAAUUAUUUGGAAAAAUUGCAUGUAUGGUAAUGGGUAUAAUUUAUAUUUAUCGGACAGCUGAGAAGUGAUUUUAUUUCAGUUCUUCUGUUCUCCAACAUACAGAUCAUUUUCUGAUAUUCAACACUAAGUUAUGUAAAUAGAUAUCUAUAUAUGUUUAGUAGCGUGAGCUAUUAUGUCUUAUGAAAUUGUAAAUAAACUUGUAAAUAUAUUCAGUCUUAGUUCUAAGAUGGAAGUUAUGAGUGCAAAAAAAAAUUAAAAUAUUCUGUGCGAUUUCAUAUAUUCAUUGUACAUGUCUUGUUUUAUUAUUAAAAGGAAGUUGUUAACAUCAAAAUGAUGUGCUCUUUAAUUGGUAUGGUAUAUAGCAGCUUUAUGCACAAAGCAUGAUUGAGGUAGAGAUGUAUUUAUAUCAUUCUUACUUUGUUAAAAGAACAUCAUGUCAGUGUUCGUGUGAAUAUUGCCAAUAUGUCCUACACUAAUGAGGAUUUAUAUUAUCAAAUACAUUUGAUAUACUCAAUCAGUUAAAGCAAGUGAGCUAAAUUCUGUUUGAUCUUUGGGUUUCUUGACUUAAAAAAUGGAUACACUAUGCCAGACAUCAAAGUAUAUGUUAAACAAGAUAAUCUUUUGUAAAUCUAGAAACAAACUAUAAUUGUAAAAUCAUUGAAAUACAUAAUCGAAAAUGUAGGGUAGACACAGAAUGUUUAGUAGGUGAGACAACAUCCAUUAUAGAAAUAUUGAGGAGAGAAUCAUCCAUAUGAAAUAAGAAAUUGUUUUAAUAAUGUUAAACAGUUAAUUGUUUUUUUUAUACGCCCACAUUUUCAUGUGGUUGUAUUAGGUCAUUGUCCCUGUCCGUUUCUAUCCGAUUUUGACAAAACUUGAAAUAUCAGUUUAUAUCCCAAAGAUUUUGGUUCCUUUCGAUAUUAUGACACAUAUUGUAAAGUAACUUAAUAAAUAUUGCCCCUAAUUAUAUGAAAAAUCAUGAUUUCAGCUUGUGGACCUCUAGAGGUCACAAUUGUUAUCUGUUUUUGGUGAAACUUAAAAUGUAUGUUUAUAACCCAAAGAUAUCAGACCUUAACUUCCUGGAUUAUGGUCGCUGAUUGUACGGAAAAUCAUGUUUUUAGUGUCAAAAAUUUUAUUUAAUUUGUAAAACCGUUCAAUAUAUAUAUCAUCAAUAUAUAUAUCAUCGUUACACCAUAUUUACAGUUGAGUUUGAAUUUCGUGAAAAUCAUACCGAAACUGUCUAACAAUAUGGCCGCUCUCCUGUACGCAAAUAAUGUAAAAGUAUGUAAUACUAGGGUUGUGGACCCAAUAGAGGUCACAAUUUUGAUCAAAUUUUAAUGAAACUUGAAAUAUAUGUUUAUAUCCCAAAGAUUUUGGUUUCGAUAUUAGCACAUAUCCAACCGUAAUUUCCUGGAUUAUGGUCCCUGAUUGUAUGAAAAAUAGCCUUUUUAACUUGUGGAUCCUUUAAAGAUAACAAUAUUUAUUUGAUUUUAUAAAACAUGCAUUUAUAUCGCCAUUACACCAAAUUUACAGGCGAGUUUAAAUUUCGUGAAAAUCAGACGGAAACUGUUCGACAAUGUAAAAGCAUGUAAUACCAAGGUAUUGGACCUUCCAGAGGUUACAGUUUUUAUCUGAUUUUGAUAAAACUUAAAGAUCCAUUAUGUAAGAUUAACAAGUAACGUUGCUAUGAUAAUUAACAAUCUGCACUACAUCUUUCAACACCUACAAUUUCAUUCAGAAUAAAGUAAUUUGAAUGAAAUUUUCAAUAUGUUAAUUUUUCAUUAUCUGUUUUUAAACUAUUAUAGCAAGACCGCCCAGCUGUUUAUCUAAACCUUGCAUUAUGCAUCUUUAAAAACUAUGGUUAUAUUCCAAAGAUCUUGGUUUCUUCUGAUAUUGGCAUGUAUUGGACCAGAUCUUCAUUGAUUAUGGCCCCUGUUUGUUUACGAAUAAUUACAUUUUUUAGCUAGUGGACACUCUAAGAGGUCACAAUUCUUGUCUGAUUUUGAUGAAACUUAAAACGUAUGUUUAUAUCCCAAAGAUCUCGCUUCCGAUCGAUAUUGAUGCAUGUUAGGUCGUAACUUGCUGGAUUAUAUCCCCUGAUUGUACAAAAAACGCUAUUUUAGCUUGGUCACUGUCCAUCUCUUGCAAAAUGUGGACGUAUCUUGCAUGGCAAUCGCUUGUUUACAUCUAUCUUAUCUUGGUGUUCGAUCCAGGCUACACAUAUUUAUAACCCUCUUGUUUGGAAAGGUGGCUUUUGUAACUUUUAAAUGUACAAUGUAUAUGUUUUUAAACUGAUAUUCAAUUGUGGAAAAUGUUUGAAUGUUAAAUUUCAUGAUACAGUCUAGUUGUAUGGUAAUAUUCUGACAGGUACUGUACCCAUAGAUGUCUCUAUCAGCAAUAUCUAAAUGUAAUCCUUUGCUGGAUGUUCUUUUGAGCUAAUAAAAUUCAUAUAAUAAAUUG